GUUUACAUCGAUACCGAUGGUUUAGAAUUAAUGGACUUGUUUCGUGAUCUUUUUCCUAUUUUGCUGCAUGACAUUUUACAAUUUGACUCGUCAGAAUUGACCGAGUACAGGAGCAAAAACUUUCCAUAUAGACCAACUGAGGAAAACCCUAAAAAGUUUGUGAAACGAUUACUUUAUCGGAGCAGCGGGGCUUUGUUAGCAACAAAAUGGCGACGUCAAUAACAGCGGAGGAAGCGCGUCACGUUGCUUCCUUGCCGAAAGAAAGAGGCAAGCCAUUGCUGUCAUCCUAUCUUCACUGGGAACCUUAUAGUGACUCCAGUAUGACCAGAGAAUCCAUCCAUUUGGAUUUCCUCUACGACAGCAUCAUGUUUGCUUCUGAAAAGGGGUUCCCAUGGGGUCAGGUGUCCCAGGUCAUGUCAACAGCAGAAGAGUUACUUACUGGUACAAAAGGGAAGACUUUGGUGGAAGCUGUGAAACUGUAUCAAGAACAAUCCAUACACUUGAUUGAAAGGCUUGGAGAGAGGAAUUUUCAGAUUUACACCGAGUUUGUGUUUUCCACAUUUAUGACCCACUUCAAACUGUUUCAAUUUGUGUUCAACGUAAACCGUGAAGAGUUGAUUCCAAAAGUCUCCAGGACAGUUGCUUGUCCGCCAAGCCCUGUGGCCCUCAGGGAGGCCAAACUUGACUAUAUAUGGGAAUAUGAGCAGGAAUAUAACAGUAUCGAAUCUAAAGAAAAGGAGAAGUGUGAGAAAUGGACCAAAGAACAGAAGAAAGUGGCAAAACAGUCUGCACAGUCAUUGGCCUCAGUUAGGGAAAAACUUCAAACUGUGGAGUCGCCACUCACAAAAGAGUCUGUCGCUGAAAUCAUCAAGGACAUUCUCGGAACUUCAGCCUUAGCAACAACCGAGAGGAUAAAGACCUCAAUUUCACAGACGAUGGAAGACCUUGAGUUAAAGUUGGAGAGAACACUUAUUCCUCGCCCCCAGGCUAUGGGGCCUCCUCCCAGGUUCAACCAAAGUGCGCUACCUCAACUGCCAGAAGCUAUCCGCCCUGCUCCUGUUACAUGCACAAAGGCACCCAAGCCAGAGAAAGGAAGACCGAAAUCGAGGGAAUCUACGCGUUCAAAUAAGUCAACGAAAUCUGGACAAUCUUGAUCGUUC